AAUCCCGGCAUACAAAGCAGUCGAUUGACAUUGAUCUCCAGCCAAUGGGAGAGCUCGAUUGCCUUUGGCGCCGCAGCCAAUCGGGUUACGAGGCCGGCGGUGGGGUGGGACGAGAGGUUCCGGGUCAGGGGGCGGGCCAGGGAGCCACGUGCGGCGGCGGCGGCCCCCGGUGUGGGAGGAUGAGUUCCCAGAGGGGGAACGUGGCCCGCUCACGGCCCCAGAGACACCAGAACUCGCGAGUUUUCAAAAAUGACAAGUAUGACACAAGCGCCCAGCGCAAGUUGAAUCUUCCUCCUUCUCCAUACUGCCUGGGCUCCAGCAGGAGCAUUAAGAGCACAGGAGGGACAGUAUCAGUGCUCUCAGUUUCAGUUCCAGUGCCUGGUGCCAUGCUGGCCCCCAGCAGCCAGGAGCAGCAAUUGCAGGGCCUGAGAAGGAUUUUCCCUGUGGUCCUGAGAUGGAGCAUGCUCAGUCACUGUGUGGGGAUGGUGCACACACUGUGCAGUUGGCACACAGCUCCUGUGAAAAGAUGGAGUGUUCUCAUGGCAGCUAGAAUCUUCAGAGAAUUUAACUGCCAAAUUCUAACAAGUGUCUGCUGAGCAUUUGUGAACAGAGAUUUUUCAAAGGUUUAUCACUUGGCAAAAUUUGGACAACUUUUCAUAAGGAUAGCAAAAGUCAUCCCUGACAGCGGGGAAACCCCCUGCCAAAUUUUGUUUACAUGCUCCAAAGAAUGAAGGCUUCUCAAUGGAAUGGUUGGAAAUAAAAAAUAUGGAUUGAAUAUUGUUUUUCCCUAAUAUUAUUUAGAAAUGGCUGAACUCUCAGUUGAAACUUUUCCAAAAAAGAUUCUGCCUUAGGCAGACACUCAGCGUGGAAAACAGACUUGUCAGUUUGUUUGGCAAAGUUGUAAACACUGAAAGCUAGGUCUUAUAAUGCGAAGUUUCAGGCAAACUUGACUAUAGGUGGUGCUGCGUGCACCACGUAUAAUAAUAAUUAGUUUAGAAUAAAAAAAACCACUCUAUUUUGAGACCAAGUUUUUAUGUUUACUGUACU